AUGGAGCAGGAAGCUGACGAGCCUCAUCUAUCUAUUGCGCCAGUCGCUGAACGCUCGGCAUCUCCAGAGCGGCCAACUGUUCACGCUGGAGACGAGAACGCCAGCCCUACGCGUUCGCCAUUCCAAGGUAGGGGACUUCGACGCAGCCCACCUCGCGCAAUCUCGCCAGCAGCCUCGCUAGUCGCCAAGUCACCAGCACAACCUAGCAGUUCCCCGAUGCGGCACACUCCGUCACCCAAGAGGACUACAGCUCAGACACGGCAGAGCUCCGCGAAGACGCCGCCCUCAGUAUUUGGCAGCGGGUCCAGUUCACCGAUGCGAAACCUCUCGUCUCCGAUCAAGGCCACGCCGCGUUCGCCCGCCAGAUUGAAGCUUUUUCAUCAAGACCCGAGUACCGGGCUCAGCACACCUCAUGUCGUUCUCACGCCACAGGGUCGGCGGCUAUCAGGAGUCGGCGCUGACCGGCCUGGUCUGGGCUCGCCACGAGUUGCUGAGAUCUUCGACCGCAGAGAAUCUAUCGGGGAAGCAGCGCCCGAGUUCGUGCCGAGCCAACCUGCGAACCCCCGGCGGAACGUAGCCUUUGCGGAUCCGCGAGAGAUGGAGGCUGAAAUUGACAGGGAGCGUCGGGAUGAACAAGAGAAGGAAGACAGCAGGAGGAUCCUCGAACGGGAGGUCAACGGUUCUCAGGACGAUCGCGAAGGGACCCUCAACUUGAUGGAGAUGAUCCAAGGCUUGAGUCCCAAAAAGAACCCUUUCCGAGGGCGGAAGAGCCUCCAUGUCGGUAGCGCCCGAGGUCUCCUGGGUAAACGGCCGGCCGAGCUCGAAGACGACGAGGAUUCAGAAACGGACGGUGUCAAGCGCCUUAAGGGCCACCAAGGCAGUCCGUCUUGCCGUGAGUUGAAGAAAUACAUCUCCGAGGGCCGCCGCAUCGUCCAUGAGAUUGAAACCGAGACUUUCGAAGAGAACCCGCCGCUAUUCCGAGAGUACAUGACGGCGUCGCCCGAGUUCAAGGUCUUGAUGGACAACCAGUUCAAGAACGUCAAGACCCACGCGCGGCUGCUCAGCAAAGCGAUGUGGUAUGAGUGGCGUAUGAAGCUGCAGGACGGCCUUAAAGAGGGCCUGCUGAAGACCGCAGAAGGCAUGGACGACGAUGAUCGGCUGUUGUCGAAGCAACAAGAACUUAUAUCGUCCAUUUUGCCAGAUAUGGUAAAGCGGUUUGAGGCGCUGGAACUAGAGCAUGGGGACCUCGAGGCCGUUGCGCAGGAGCUCGCGGACUGCGACCCGCAGGAUCUCGAAGAUGCACGAAGCGAACUGGCGUCGGUGGAUAAGAGCAUCGAGGAAAAGACAAGAAAGCUCGCCGAACUCCGCCAAGAAUUGGACGAGUCCGUCCAGAGCGUCGAGGCACUCACACAACAAAAACAACAAUACCUGGAAGAAAUCAAGGAAGCCGACAAGAUCCGCGAGGAGUGCCGGGGGUGGUCAUCGGAGGAGAUCCGCAAGCACAAAGCCCAAACAGACGCAAUCGAGAAGCAGCACGGCUGGGCCAUCUCCUCCAUUGCCGGCACCACCCUCACAAUGCGCUACAAGCGCGAAAUCGAGCUCGUCUUUGACCUCGCCACGCUCCAGCAACCGCCAAAGAAGCAACAGCAGUCAAACACCCCCAUCCACCUACACUACAUCGCCGACUCCCCCCGGCAAUGCCCAUUCGAAAAAGAAUUCGUCCUGCGCCACCUCCGCGCCCACCUCCAAACCUCCCCACCCACCUCCCCCCGCCACCUGCUCAGCACGGUCAGCGCGGCAUGGACACAGGCCGCCGCCGUGACGGAACAUAUCCGCCGGCUGAACCUGUCGUUCCCGACCACCACUGCCGCGGUGGCGUUGGCUGAUGGUGAGGGUGAGGGUGAGCCAUCGGCUUCGGCGGUGGCUGUCACGGCGUCGGUGUUGGUUGCGCCGUUGCAGACGAGGGUCGAGGUUGUGCUUACUUUGAAGGCGCGGAGUCGGGAUGGUGGUGGUGGUGGGCUUGAGGUGGUGGCUGUGCCGGAGGUGAGGGUGGUGUAUGGGGAGCCGUUUAAUGUGGGGAAGAUGACGGAGUUUUUGGCGGGGAGGAUUGGGCGGGUUGGUGGUGCUGGUGGUGAUGGGGAUGGUGGGAAGGAGGGUGGGGAGAUGGGUUGGGAUGAGGCUGUUUUGGAAUUGUAUCAGAAGCUGUUGGCGAAGGGGAAGCAGAAGCAGUGA